UCCAUCCAUUCAUCCAUCCAUCCAUCGCUCUCGGCGCCGAUGCCCGCUGCCUGAAGGGCAGAGCCAUCAUGUACCUCCUGGACAGCAGCGAGCCGCCGGCCGCCUCCUCGUCCCCCGAGAGGAUGCAGCGGGGCACCCCGCAGAGGAAGACCGUGUACCGCAUCUCGGUGACCAUGGUGAAGAAGGAGCUGCUGGGGCCGGAGAGCGGCCGCGCCGGCCCCGAGCUGCCCCGGCGCGGGCGGAGCCGCCCGCCGGGCUCCUCCAGCCUCACCCGGGCCGGGCUGCUGCUGCUGGAGGAGGAGGAGGAGGGCGAGGAGGAAGGCGAGGAGCGGGACAGGGUCCCCAGCCCCUGCGGCCUCCGCACCUUCCGGACGCUGAGCACGGGGCAGCUGGAGCUGGGCCGCCUCAAGGUGCCGCGGAGAGCGGGGCCGCCCGCGCCCGGAGCAUCCCCGCCCGGGGAGCAGCGGGACAGGGACGAGGGGCCCGGGGAGCCGGGCCCGGGGGAGCGGGGCCACAGCCCGCGGCGCCAGCUGCGGCGGAGCUUCAGCUUCAGGCACUGGAGCGGCGGCGGCGGCGCGGAGCCGGCCCGGGUGCGGCGGCACAGCAGCUCCGGCUGCCUGCCCGGGCCGCCGCCCGCCGCGCUGCCCGCCGAGCCCCCCGAGAAGCGCAACACGCUGGACGUGGGCGAGGUGCUGAGCCAGGCGGACCCGCUGUCCCGGCUGGAGCGCUGGGAGCGCAGCAAGAGCAAGAACCGGACCCUGGAUAACAGCGACCUGCAGCGGCUCUCGGAGCGGCUGGGCCGGGAGAGCCCCGCCGCCGGCAGCGAGCACCGGCUGCUGCGCUUCUUCAGCGGCAUCUUCGCCCGCAGGGACGGCCCCGCCGCCCUCUUCGGCAGCCCCCACGGCCGCUCCCCCCGCAGCAGCUUCUCCAGGUCCAGGGCUUAUUUUAGCAGCCUCAGGAGAGCCGCCGUGGACAUGCAGUCCAGCUCCGAGAGCAUCAACGGGUCCCCCCAUAAAGAUGCCUUUGUGAACAGCCAGGAAUGGACCCUGAGCCGAUCUGUGCCGGAGCUGAAAGUGGGGAUCGUGGGUAACCUGGCCAGCGGGAAGUCAGCGCUGGUGCACCGGUACCUGACGGGCACCUACGUGCAGGAGGAGUCCCCUGAAGGUGGGAGAUUCAAGAAGGAGAUAGUGGUUGAUGGACAAAGCUACCUGCUGCUGAUCAGAGAUGAAGGAGGCCCUCCAGAGGCACAGUUUGCCAUGUGGGUGGAUGCUGUUAUCUUUGUGUUCAGCUUGGAGGAUGAAGUCAGCUUCCAGACUGUUUACCACUACUACAGCCGCAUGGCCAACUACCGCAACACCAGCGAGAUCCCCAUGGUGCUGGUGGGCACCCAGGAUGCCAUCAGCUCCACCAACCCCCGUGUAAUUGACGAUGCCAGAGCCAGGAAGUUGUCCAAUGACCUCAAGAGAUGCACUUACUACGAGACCUGUGCCACCUACGGCCUCAACGUGGAGAGAGUCUUCCAUGACGUUGCCCAGAAGAUCGUUUCCACCAAGAAGAAGCAGCAGCUCUCAAUCGGACCCUGCAAAUCUCUACCCAACUCUCCGAGCCACUCCUCCGUGUGCUCUGCCCAGGUUUCUGCCGUACAUAUCAGCCAGACCAGUAAUGGAGGAGGGAGUUUAAGUGAUUAUUCCUCCUCUGUCCCAUCAACUCCAAGCACCAGCCAGAAGGAGCUGCGGAUUGAUGUUCCUCCCACUGCCAACACACCAACUCCUGUCCGUAAACAGUCCAAGCGGCGAUCCAACCUCUUCACGUCUCGGAAAGGGAGUGACCCAGACAAAGAGAAGAAGGUCCUGGAGAGCAGAACAGACAGCAUUGGAAGCGGCCGUGCAAUCCCAAUUAAACAGGGGAUGCUGCUGAAGCGGAGUGGCAAGUCCCUGAACAAGGAGUGGAAGAAGAAAUACGUGACACUGUGUGACAAUGGUGUGCUGACCUACCAUCCCAGCCUGCACGAUUACAUGCAGAAUGUUCAUGGCAAAGAGAUUGACUUGCUGAGAACCACGGUGAAGGUCCCUGGGAAGAGGCCACCCCGAGCCACAUCAGCCUGUGCCCCCAUCUCCAGCCCCAAAACCAACGGCCUCUCCAAAGACAUGAGCAGUUUACACAUCUCGCCAAAUUCAGGGAACGUGACUACUAGCACAUCUGUGUCUCAGAUGGCCAGUGGGAUCAGUCUGGUGUCCUUCAACAGCCGCCCGGACGGUAUGCACCAGCGCUCCUACUCGGUCUCCAGUGCAGAUCAGUGGAGCGAGGCCACAGUCAUUGCCAACUCUGGCAUUAGCAGUGACACCGGCCUGGGAGAUUCAGUGUGCUCCAGCCCCAGCAUAUCCAGCACCACCAGCCCCAAACUGGACCCCCCUCCUUCCCCCCACGCCAACAGAAAGAAGCACCGCCGGAAGAAAAGCACAAGCAACUUCAAAGCUGAUGGCAUCUCGGGCACGGCUGAAGCCAAACGCAAAGCUUGGAAACUAAACCGUGUUGGUAGCCUGCGAAAUAUUUACAGCAGCAGCAGCACCAACACCGAAGAGCAAGAAGAAAACUUUGAGUUUAUCAUCGUCUCUCUCACGGGCCAGACUUGGCACUUCGAAGCAACCACCUAUGAAGAGAGGGAUGCAUGGGUCCAAGCCAUAGAGAGCCAGAUCCUGGCCAGUUUACAGUCCUGUGAGAGCAGCAAGAACAAGUCGCGCCUGACGAGCCAGAACGAGGCCAUGGCCCUGCAGUCCAUCAGGAACAUCAGAGGCAAUUCCCACUGCGUGGACUGCGAGGCACAGAACCCCGACUGGGCCAGCCUGAACCUGGGAGCCCUCAUCUGCAUCGAAUGCUCAGGGAUCCACCGCAACCUCGGCACGCACCUGUCCCGGGUGCGCUCCCUGGACCUGGACGAUUGGCCCAUCGAGCUCAUCAAGGUCAUGUCAGCCAUUGGCAACGAGCUGGCCAACAGUGUGUGGGAGGAGAACAGCCAAGGCCACGUGAAGCCUUCCCCAGACUCCACCAGGGAAGAAAAAGAGCUCUGGAUCCGCGCCAAGUACGAGCAGAAGCUGUUCCUCGCCCCGCUGCAGUGCCUGGAGCUGUCUCUGGGCCAGCACCUGCUGAGGGCCACGGCCGAGGAGGACUUGCGGACGGUGAUCCUGCUGCUGGCCCACGGCACGCGGGACGAGGUGAACGAGACCUGCGGGGACGGGGACGGGCGCACGGCCCUGCACCUGGCCUGCCGCAAGGGCAGCGUGGUGCUGCUGCAGCUGCUCAUCUGGUACGGCGUGGACGUGAUGGCGCGCGACGCGCACGGGAACACGGCGCUGGCCUACGCGCGCCAGGCCUCCAGCCAGGAGUGCAUCGACGUGCUGCUGCAGUACGGCUGCCCCGACGAGCGCUUCGCCCUCAUGGCCACCCCCAACCUGUCCAGGAAGAACAACAACCGCAGCAACGGCGGCGGGAGGAUGCCCACCAUCAUCUGAGGGGAGCGAGCUGGCGCGCCGGCCCGGCCGAGCGGCGCCCGUGCCUCCCGUCGCUCCGCGCCCGUCGCAGCCCCGCUCCGUGAGUCUGGUGACCGUCCUUCUCCUUGUCCCCCGGCGCGCCCGGGCCCGGGCGGAGGCGGGGAGCGGAGGGGCCGGGGAGCAGCGGGGCCCCGCGGUUUGAUGGCGGCCGCCGGCCGGGAGGGCGCGGGCGGCGCCGAGGGACGCGGGGAGAGGCGAGCCGGGGCAGAGGGAGGGAGAGACGGUGACUUUCCCUGGCUGACAGUGAAGCACAUCAGAACAUUUCACCUCUACCGAACGCGGCGACGCCUGGAUUUCCAUUCUCUUCUCCUGAAGAGCUUGACGGCAUAAAUCAGAAGCAAGCACAGAGUUUGUCAGGUUUGAAGCUCCUAUGAUGGUAUGUGUCAAAUCAGUUGUAGCUAAUCUGUCCGGGGAGAAUACUGGCUUCAUUACACUUGUAUAGUUGAGUUCUUCCAGCAUUACUGCUGUUUAAUAGAACAUGAUUAGUCAUCACGGAGAAAAAAGCAUAUUAGCUGAGGAGGUAGUUACAUGGCACGCUUCGGUGAUUGCUUGGAUGUGAUUGCAAUAUUCUUAGAAGCAUCAUAUUAUCUCAGACAUGUUCUUUCGAGCCCUUGGAGCCCUCCUUUCUAAAUUCACUGUCAUAAUUUAGUAUCUGUUUAAUUUUUCAGUCCAAAGAGAGGAAAUGAGUUGCUGAGUGUUAUUUGACUGCAGUCUCCUUGGUGUAAAAACAAAAUGGAAAAAAUAAAUAAGAGUAAGCCUGAAACACAAAAAGGAAUAAUGAAUACCGCUACGGAAAACAACAUUUCAAGUACGUUUGGUGAAAUUAAUAAACGCAUUAAAGGCUAAUAAUUUUUUUUUUUUUUUUUUUUUUUUUUUUGUUAUAUUUUCAGCCAGCAGAAAUAGGUUCUGUCAUUUUGCCAAGGUAAAUCGUGUUGAGUUUUUGGUCACUCCUGUGAUGCAUUGCCUAACUUAUACAGAUUUUUGUAUUGUGUCUCUAGAUUCUAUGUAUUUAAAAUCUAUUUGAAUAAAAAAAAGACCGUAAAUAUACAUUGAUUUUUUUUUUGUUUGUACAGAAAAAAAUGACAUCUCUUGUUAAUUUAUAAACUGUAAUGGAUGUGAACUAAAUAAUGUGCAACUAGUUAGGAUCUGUGGUUACAGAUCAUUAUUGUACAUUGAUAAUAUUCCCAGCAGUGAACUCUUCUUUCCAAAGCCUUGUGAGGAACAACAUAUCAGGAGAUCACGGCACGUUUGGCACAGGGAAGAAAAAAAACCAUGUGAGACCUUUUAGAAGGGAAAAAAGAGGCUGUAAAUAUAUUUUACUCCAGAAGUCAGGAAGCUUUCACAAGCCAAGACAAAAAGGCCCAUUCUGGCUGGGGGAAGAUCAGAUUUGAUUAAGUUCAGAAUUGAUAGCCUUCACCACAGCGGGCAGGGCACGGCUGUGCUCUGCCAAGAAAAAUGGCUUGUGCAAGUGGCCUGGACACUUCAUUUCAAUUCCAACUUUUAAUAUGUGCUUGGAUUAUUUUUGGUCUUACCAGGCACAUCCCAUCUAGCAGGAUUCUGGCAUGGAGAAGCAGAGGUUUUGGCAGGCAGAAAAGUGAUUUUUUUUUAAUUUUUUUUUUUUAAUAUGGCAGUGUGGGGAUGGGGGCGGGGUUUAUCAUGGAUAAAGUUGAAAACUCAACUGAAUUUGAUGGCAAAGGAGCAAUUAUGUAAAGGCAGUGAGGUGCACACAGCACAGAAAUUUGCAAAUCUACCUGCUCCUGUGUAUUUCCCAAGCCUUGGUCGUGCUCCUCCUUGGGGCUCUGGGUUUCAUUCAGCACACAGAUGGGAGGAGCAGCUGAUAAAUAAACUGAAUGUGGACAAAAAGGUCGAGGAAAAAAUGUGAUGUGGUUAUCUUAAGGAAAACAAAAAUAAAUAGGAAAAAUUAUGGAUUUGAGAUAAAAUUGUGGCUGAAAAAUGAGCCUCAAGCUGGAAGCACACGACUGGCUUCUCCUCUUUGGUGGUGUUGUCCUUUUUGUACUUUGUUGUUUUCUAGACCUUGGAGUAUCUGGAGGGAGGGAAUCUUAAUCCAGCCAGCCUAGGCUGACUGCACCAGACACAGCUGAUUCCCUUCCCACUGAGAUACUUCCAAAUAUUAGAAUUUUUUUUUUUUUUUUUUUUUUUUUUUUUUAAAUUCAGAAAAGGUGUCUGUUUGAACUGCCAUUUCUCCACCAUUCCUGAUGUUUAGUACUUACAGGUGGUCCCUCAGGGAGGGGACAGCCCAGCUGAUGUGCAGCUGAAGGGGAUGCUGUGAAACCCUCUGUGUGCUGGUGCUGGGGAGCUUUGCCACAGCAGGGAUUCGGGAAUGGCAAUCCCAGAGGUGCUAGAGCUGCCUGCUGUUCCCCCCAGGAGCAUCCAGGGCAUUUGCAUCCCAAAAACCAAGUCCAGUGUUUCAAACCCACGGUGGGCAGAGUUCUCAGUGCACGUUCUGGGUCACAGCUGGGUUUUUUUUUUCCUAAUUAAGAUUAUUUUCUGUACAUUGUUUGAUGCUCUACAUUCCUCUGAUAAGGCUGAGGGUGAUGUUUGAGAAACAAGGGCAACCAGGCAGAUUUCAGGUAGACAAAUUAAGUGGUCCUUUCCUAAAAAUCUUCUGGGAGCAUCCCUUGAAAAAGCACAGAAUAUUUUUGGGAGAGGAAAUUCCAGUGUAUUACAGGAACAAUUAUGCAUCCAGGCAAGCCAGGUAAUGCUUUAAUUAAGUGGUAGCACAGUUGCUUUUACCCUAAAUGUGGUUUCCCAUAAGUGUUGGCAUAUCUGUGUUGAACAGUGGUCUGUGGGGGGGAUUCCCAGUCCUGCAGGUGGCAGAGCUCCCUGGGAAAGCCAGGAGAUCCCAAAUUAUCCCGAGUUGGAAGGGACCCACCAGGUGAGGUCACCCAGGGCCGUUGUCACCAAGCCACUCCUUGCAGGGUGGAGGACAGGGGGAAAGCCCCUCUCACCAAGGCAGGGAUGGAGGAAGCUCUCCUUGGCUGGGUCCUGGUGGGGCUUGGCUUUGAGAACUCCACAGGCUCUUCAGGGGCUGAGUUGCCCUUUGCAGAGGAUGCUCUUGGAGCCUUCCAGGUGCAGAAUCAGGCAAUGUCCCCUGGCACUUGGAGACCCUGCAGGAAUCGUGGUUCUGUUGCUUUCACUCCAUUCUCCCACCCCUUUCCAUUCCUUGUCUCGUGUUUAGCCACUCUUGUUGCUUUUUUGGAGCCCUCUUACCAGGCUGUUCACACCCUUUGACCUGUUGGGAACAAAACAAGCCCUAGCUGUGACCCAGUCCGUGAGAAAUCCCAGCAGAAACCCAGCAGCCAAAGCUGUUCUCUCUGCAAAUGGAGACUGCAGCACUGGUUGUCAUUGCACCACACUUAACCCUUCCCCUCAUCCCAGAUACCUUGAAAUCCCCCUUCCUCUGCACUUUAUCCAUGACUAAAACACUAGGAGCGAGUCAGCCAUUGCUGUUUCCAUAUUCCUCCUCUCUUUGGCUAAUUGCUGUGGAAUUCAGUGAGAUAUUGCCAGGGAGGGUUUGCUUUUCCUUGCUCUUCAAGAAGAAAAAAGACCCAGCCUUGGAGAAAUUCAGGGUCCUUCCCUGAAUACAGAGAUUUGGCCAAGGGCUCCCAUUACCAGAUUUCCAAUUUUGGAGGUAUAAAAAGAGCAGGGGGGAAAAAUCUUGGAGAACCUUGGUGCUGCUCAGAAAGCCUGGUGAGCUCCUAGAAAGUGGAGAGGAUUUUGAAGCAUUUGGGCACAGUGUAAAAUAACCAAGUGUAAACACAGCAUUGUUUAAUUCACUGUCUUGUCCCCUUCCCUUAAAUUAUGUGUGUUAGUGAAAAAAAAAAAAAAAAAAAAAAAGAAAAAAAGCUUUAGCUGCACUUGGAGAUUUCCCUGGGCCAGAGGAGGCCGAGUCACGUAGGGAGAGGAGUCGAGGUGGGAAUGCAGAUCCGCGCUUGGAAGUGAUCUCUGGCACUGUAAUGUAGAAUAAUUAGAUUAUAUGGGGUUGGAAUAGCUUCAGCUUUUAUAUUUGUAUGGAGAUUGGGAGAAAUGAAGUAAUUUGUAGUUUCUAGUGUAAAGCAGUGGUAGUGGAGACAAGCACAGAUUUCACAGGGGGUCCCCAGGGGGCCCUUCCCAAACGUCUCGGGGAGCCGCCUUUGCACCUUAACAGGGAUGGUUUUGGGGUUUGUUGUUGGUGAAAUGGUCAUUUCAUGUUUGGUUGAGUGGUUGUUGUCAACGAGGGGACUGAGGGAAAGGAGGAGAGCCUUGGGGACCAAACUUUGGGGCAGCUUGGCUGGACAGGAGAGAACUUCCCCAUCCUCAUCUCAUUGUCAGGCAUCUUCCUCCUCCCUCCAGAGGCUGCUACACCCAUCCUUAGGUGGGAUCUCUGCCUGAUCCUUAGUUCCACACCUUCCAUUCUUGAUCUGUGGGUAAAAUUUACUGCAUAGAAAACUCGCUUUUGGAUGUUCUUGUGUUCGCUGCACAACAGGAAAAAAAAAUGCUCCAGAGUAAAGCUCUUUUCAAGGUAGAAAAGAAACACUGAACUACCCCAAAUGAAGAGGUUCUGCAGUGGGUUUUGAGUUCUAAGCUGCCAAAAAAAAAAAAAGAAGGCAGGCUUGAAUGGCUUUAUUGGAAAAUAAUCUCCUGUUUGAAAAAAAUAAUAGAGGUCAUAGAGCAAAACAUCCAAAGCUGUAGAUGGGUGAAUUUGUUGGUUUAGGGUAUUUGUAGGUUUUGCUUUGUUGUUUAGCAUGGGCCAGUUUUUAAAGUAAAUAUUGGGACAGUUUACCUUGAGUUGCCUGAGUCUGUCCCACACUUUAAAGGGAGGCUUGAGGGGUUUUGGCCAGGAUUGUCAGGAGCUGUGAAUAGUUCAUGUUUUGAGAGGGGAAUUGCAUGAUUUCAGAGAAGUAAAAGGUUGGUUUGGGAUUUUUUUAGGGCCAUCUUCAGCCCCAAACCACCAAGCAUGUUUCUGGCCCCAUGUUUUGUUUCAGGGUGACAGCAAGAUGCGUGGGUGAAUGAACUCCCAUCAUUAACUCCCAUGUUCAUGGGGGAGAAUUUCACUUGUGGAUGGAUAAAAUAAAGAUGUCUUUGUGCAUUUCAGCAGUUUUAACCCCUUCAUGUCCCCAUGCCUGCCCAAAUCCCAAACCCCUGUGGCAGCAGUCAGUUCUGUUGGCAGGCACAGCCUCAGCUUUCCCUCAGAUUUUCUGGAUGUGUUUUAUUUUAGCUUCCAGUGCUAAGGGCUGGCUGUUUAGCAGUGCUUCAGAGCUCCUUGUUUUUACAUCUGUGUGUUCUGUACAAAAUGUGAAGGGGGGUGGGUGGGGGACACUUCAGGGCAUGCUUUGGGGAUGGUGGCCACGUUGCUUGCUGGCAGUGAAUGCACCCUCAGCUCUUCCCUGCUUUCCAGAACUAUCCAUGUGGGUUCUGCUGUUCCUGGGAGCUGAAGUAGCCAAAAACACUUCCCUGGUCCUCAGGAAUUGCAGGGUACGAGGAGGAAAACCUCUCACAGAGACAACUCGAUCACAUCCCCUCUGCUGAAGGCAAAUCCCAAACUCCUGCAGGACCAAGGAAGGGUUUGGUGCUCAAUGUGGGGUUUUUGGCAUCUGAGCUGAGUUGAACCAGUGGAUCAAGUGCACCUGAGCCCUCAGGUGUCACCUGGAGGUCACUUUGCACUUGCUGUGCCCAUGUGCUGAUGCCUGCUCCCCAAACUGCCCUAAAUCACCAUCAGGAGCUUUGCUUGGAUGUUUCCAAAGGGGCAGGUUUCCCAGCUGGAGUCAGACCAGCCACUUCCAAGGAGGCAGGAGGAGGGACACCGGCUUGAGGGGUGGAGAGGUGCAGGGAGAUGAGGUCCACACUUGCUGCAGCCUCUGAGGUUUCCCAAAAAUCCAGCUCCUUCAGGCAGCAACGUCCAGCUUGAGAAAACCUUUGAGCUUGGCCUCCAGGACUGGAGGGGAGAAAUCCCAGCUCACCAGCCUUGGGGGUAGGAAGCUCCAGGGAAGGAGAUUCUGAAGGUAGAAAGGACAGAGUCUUGCCAUUCUUUUUAUUAUAAAUGUGCUUGAGACUCAUCUUCCUGGCUGAACCUGAGUGUGGAACCUGAGCUGUGGAGAGAGCCAUGGCUGGGUGUGCAGAAAUGAUGGGAGGAUCUUUCAUUUCCUGCUCCUUCAAUUCCUUUGAAAUGCUGUGGAAACCACCCCCUCCCCAGUGUUUUUUCCUGAGGUAACCAGGGGCUCAGCUGGAUUCUGCACUGAAUCUGCUGAGGAAAGGAUGUUCCCAUCCUCUGGAAGCACACAGCUCCAUGCAGAUCCCAAGUUGGCAGGGUUUGUCCCAGCUCCCUUUUACUGUGUCACUGUCAAGAGCACCUUUCACUUGUAGACUGCAUGUGGGUGCACAGCCUGAGGGGCAUUUGGGGAGGAGCAUCCCCUAAAACACCAGGGACUCGUUUUGGGAUGUGUUUGACUCGGUUUGGAAUGGCCAAGAGCUCAGACCUGCAGCUCCUGCUGCCUCCAAACCCCUGGGCUCCAGCAGGAUUGAGCAUAUCCCAAAAAUGCUCGGCCCACACCUGAGCAGCUCCAACCUGUGGCAGAUCCAGUCCUGCAAAGGUUGGGUUUUGUGUUCAGCCCCCAGAUCUUUCAGGUCUUUCUGCUUUGUGGUGUUUGUCUUUCCAGUUGAGUAGGGAGGGAGCCCAGGUGAGUAGGGAACACCUGCUCGGGGUAGAGGCAGGAGAUACCCAGCACAUGGCAGGCUUUAUAGCAAGUUUUGGGUUGUUGGGGUUUGGUUUUGGUUUGUUUUUGUUUUCUGUUACUGUAAAUAAUAAUGUAUAAAUGAUGACAAGACAGUGUGAAAAUUCUAAAAAAAGAAAAAGCAAAAAAAAGGUCUUUUGUUGUUGUUUUUAUAUUACCUCAUCCAGCAAGUUUGUUUUACAAUGACUCGAUGAUGCUUUAUUUAUAUUGUUUGUACUGUAAUUAAACCGAUUGACAAACAUUUCACUUUGCUUGUUGUUUCCUAUGAUUUGGGUUUGAUUAAGUAUGCCAGUUUGUAUUAUGUUCCCCUUUCCUCUCUCUCUCUACACAUCGAGAUUUUUUGUGUCAGCUGUACAGUAUUCUGAAUAAUGAAAAAUAAAAAUUAAAAUUAAAAAAAAAAAGGAACAAAAAAAGCUGUAAAGUACUGCAGAGAGAGGCUGCUAUAUUGUAUAGGUCUCUUUCUAAUAAAGACAAGAAAACCUGUUGGUCUCA